AUGAGGUCUCUCGGUGAGCGUUUCAACAAGCUUCACAGGAAGGUAGAUAUCCCCCUUGUCUCCUUAAGAUGCGGUCCUGGUGCAGCAAUUCUCCCUCCGGAGGUGACUAGAAUACAUAUGGACUUUGCCAAGAGCUUCAAGAAUGGCCAUAUGGGUGCUAAGAAGUUCUGGCUUGAGAACCUCCCUCGAUUAAAGUACCACAACCCCUCGGUUCCUAUGAUCGUCAACCGCCACAACCGAAACAACAAGAAGCCUACACUUACCAUCUACCUCCGAAAGCCCGACGCCUCAACUCCCGCACCAGCUACUCGUUCUCAGCCCGCCUCAUCACGCGAUAGCCUAUCCAAGGCCACACCACCAGACGCCGACGAGAAGAUCAUCACCGUCGAUAUGACCGAGAAGCACUCGUCCCACAUCCUCGAAUACGUCCUUGCUGAGACUCGUGCGGUUCCUCUGAAACCCACAAAGGAAGAGAUUCGGGAAAUGCAAGAGAUUGAAGCCAUGAGGAAGCAGGCCGAUGUUGACCGCGCACGUAUGAGGAGUUUGCGCGAGGAGAAGCAGCGAGAGGAGGACAUGUUGAAGCGAGCUCGGGCGGCCGGUGGUGUUGCCGAGGAAGAGGACUCGUAA